AUGGGUAAUAAGUCAGCUAUUGAAGAAGAAUUUGAGAUACGAUCUAUAUAUCAAAAGGAGGUGAAAAAGAACUGCCAAAAGGAAAUUGAAGACUUUGUUCAAUGCGCUACAGGUCGAACUGUCAGUGUGCUUUGGAAAUGUCGCCAACAAAGUCGUGUAAUGAACGGUUGCCUUCAAAAAACAAUAGACCAAACAUCCGAGUGGAGAUUACGCAGCCAUCAAGAAGGAGAGAAGCAGAAAGCUUUUCAAGGGCAAAUUGAAAAAGAAUAA